AUGAACACCGCAGCUUACUACAACAAUUUGGGUAACCUCGGUCAUCACAGAGCAACAUCUUCCUUUCACUAUGCACCUGCUUACCAUCAACACCAACACCAACACCAACACCAACACCAGCAACAAUACCAACACCAGCACCAUGCGUCAUAUAUCCCACCUUCACACUCUCACUACCAUCAACAAGCAGGACCGCUACCACCAGUCCACCACCAGGCAGAUGUUCUUCAAUUGCACCCACUUGCUAUCCCAGUAAAUCACAUGGCUAACAUGCAACCAAUGGCUCAGCAGCAACAACAACAACAACAGCAACAACAACAACAGCAGCAGCAACAACAGCAACAACAACAGCAACAACAACAACAGCAACAAGAUCAAAAUGCAGUCAAUGGUGGUAUAAACUCAGUCUUGGAAUAUGAUCUUAGCCAGAUGUCGUCUUUUCUAGGCUGGUGUGCUUUUGGUAUGUUGAAGCAAACCAAUAGAACUCCAUCAAAGGACUUUGAAAAACUCAUUUCAUCAGUUUUGUUUGCCACCAGACUACCAAAAUCAACAAUCAUCAUUGCAUUGGAAUACAUGAACCAAAGAUUCUCCUCUGCAACAACAUCAGUCGAGCUCAAACCAACAUUGAGCGAACACGAAAUCUUCAACUACUUGGUUGUCAGUCUCGUCUUGGCAAACAAGUUUAACGACGAUAAUACAUUCACAAACAAGUCUUGGUGUGGCGCUACUGGAUUACAAUUAUCCAGCGUUAACCAAGCAGAAAAGGAAUGGUUGGAUGAUGUCAAGUGGAGUUUAUCUGUUGUCAGUUUUGAGUCAAACAUCAUCACACUAGAGGAGUGCUGGAAGACAUGGGUUGAAAAAUAUAGUGUCAAAACCCCAGUCACCCCAUCUGUGAAUAAAACAAGUGCUGCAACACCAAUAAUGUCUCCAUCAAGCACUUUUUUCUCAAAUAAUCCAUCACCAACCCAAUACAAUUACCAAACUCAAGCCCAGAAUCAAAAUCAACAAUAUAAUCACCACCACCACCACCAUCAACAACCAUCGUCGUCGUCGGCAUCAUACAUCAACACGUCUAUGUCUUCGCCGAUUUAUCAAAAGGAGCCUGUGUAUGCACCAGCACCAACUACAAAUUACCAUCAACAUAAUCAACAUCCAUUGUCAUCACCAAUCAGCGGAACAGGUUAUGACAGUGACUGGAGCUACAACAAUGGAACAUAUUCCAAUGUACCUUCAUCAUCUUUAUCCUCAUCAACCGGAGCAGCAUGGAAUUACCAAACAAAUUACAAUGACCCGGCUAUACAAUAUGUCGGUGCUCCGAUGAACCAUGCUCAUGCACCUGCUCACGGAUACUAUAAUCAAUACAAUGCCUACCAUCCUACAAGGUAUGCUAAUCCAUACUAUAUGGCAACAUGUUAG